AGAAAGAAAAAAGCGAACAGUCGGCCGUCGAGCGAAGAAAACCGUACGUACGUCAAAGCCAGGUAAAAUGGCCACUCUGACGGGCUAGCGACGAAUUCGACCCUAGAAGAACUUGUAGUCGAAGCAGCGCGCCGCAACCGUUCCACUUCACGGUAAAUUUCAACCCCUUCCCAGCGCGCACACAAAACGAUCCUCUGGCUUCUGGUGCGGUGGUCUGUGCAAGUGCAAGUGCGGCACAAGGCUUCGCUUGACGAAAGAAACUCACUGUAGGCGGCCCCGUUGUGCAUUCGUCAUCAACAACUAUCAACACCUCCAUCAGAAAACGCCUCAAUCGCGACCACCAGCUGCUCUGCACUCGUCUCCGUGUGUGUGCGGUGCAUGCGCGCGUGUGUGCAAGCACAAUUCGUGUGUGUGUGUGUGUGCACGCGAAGUGUAUAAAGAAACACCGGCUGUGAGAGGGAGGUUUAGGAAGCGACCAGCGAUCAACCACCGCUGAGACACGAUCCUUGAAGAGGAAGGCUUUUCUUGGGUAACGAGAAUGGAAAUUCUAACGCAGUCACAGGUGCACGGGCUCACCACCCCCACGACGGCCGCCCGAAAGAAGGAUGCGGAAGCGAAGGAAAACCUCUGGUCGUCCAUCCUGAGCGAGGUGCAAACACAGAGUAAUACCAAGCUGCCGUCGAACAAAUCGGUGCUGGUGCUGGGCGAUAAUGCGAGCGGCAAAACGACCCUCAUCGCGAAGCUGCAGGGUGUCGAGGAUCCAAAGAAGGGUUCCGGCCUGGAGUACGCUUACAUCGAUGUACGGGACGAAUAUCGAGAUGAUGUCACACGUCUGAGCGUUUGGAUUCUGGAUGGUGAUCCGGGACACAACAAUCUGCUCAAGUUCGCCCUCAACGAACAGAACUUCCCGCACACGCUCGUCAUACUGACACUGUCGAUGACGACACCGUGGAGCUGGGUGGAUCAGCUGCAACACUGGAUGAAGAUACUGGACGACCACAUUGCAGGGCUAAAAAUUGAUCCAGAAGAAAAACAGCAGUGUCAGGCACGGUUAACGACGGAAUGGCAGAACUACUGCGAAACCAUUGACGAUCUCGAUCCGGGCUCGCCAAUCAAGCGCACGAACCGGUUGCCUUCGGUGGACGACGAGCUGGACGCGUUGCCCCUACCGGAAGGCGUCCUAACGACCAACCUAGGCCUCGAUGUGGUCGUCGUCGUUACCAAGACCGACUAUAUGACCACGCUGGAGAAGGAGCUCGACUAUCGGGAUGAGCAUUUUGACUUCAUGCAGCAGUGGAUUCGGCGGUUCUGUUUGAUGUACGGAGCGUCACUCUUCUAUACCAGCGUGAAGGAGGACAAGAACUGCGAUCUACUCUACAAAUACCUCACGCAUCGGAUCUACGGUUUACCAUUCCGGACGCCCGCGCUGGUCGUUGAGAAGGAUGCGGUGCUAAUACCGGCCGGUUGGGAUAAUAUGAAAAAGAUCAGCAUAUUGUACGAGAACAUGCAGUCCUGCAAACCGGACGAUUAUUACAACGAUAUUAUUGCACAACCGCCUUCGAGAAAGACUGUUUCGAACCGUGAGAGCGAAAUUCAAACCGAGGAUGAGCAAGCAUUCCUUGCCCGCCAACAGCAGCUGCUCCAGCAGGGCCAGACGCCAACGCGGGGCGAAUCGCCGCUCCGGUCGCAGCCCAGCAAUGGUACCAAGAGCACCCAACGGACUCCGGUGGCUGCUGGUGCUCAGGGCUCACCAAAGAAGGUCGAUGGUAAGCUCACGCCCGGCACGCAGAGCGGUGAAGGUGUGCUGGCAAACUUCUUCAACUCCCUGCUGCACAAGAAGUCUGUCUCACCCGGGUCGGCUGCGGCGGCGGCCGCUGCCGGUGGUGUCACCGGCACUGGCAGCCCACUCAGUGCGUCCAGCUCACCUUCAUCGCUGUCACCGCGCUCUAACGCAAUGAACGGCAUGGCCGAUACGGUGUCGGCGAGCGACAAGAUAAGCAUGCGCACCGAUGCCGCUCUCGAGCUGGACCGUCUUGCACGGAGCGUUAAGAAGGACCUGGACUACUCGGCGGCACAGUCCGACUGCUGAACUGCGCUUGGUGGUGCUGGGUGGGGAACCGAGUGAGCUGAUGCUGUGUGGUUUAGAUUUGCUUUCGUAUGGUUUGAGCUAGGGGGGGGAGAGGCGACACACCUACAUACACCUUGAGAGGGGGAUAAAAACAAGCGCUGCACUAAAGUCAAAUUACCGGACCCGCUCUUUCUAGCAGGCGGGAAAGGGAAAACGGAAUAGAAACGGGACGGGGAAGGGGGAAUCGUGAAAGAUGGGCUUUUGUGGAAAGUUUUUACGGGGAGGGCGGCGAAGCUCAUUACCUACCUCCCGCUAAAUGUCCACACCUUUUUUUAAAUCGAAGUUUUGUUUAUUUGUUAAAAUGUUUGUACAUACUCAUUCUCGCGGUGAUUAUGUUCGAUCUUUUCGCGCUUUUUUUUUUUGCUACCUCAUGUUUUAUUGUUGCCGAUUAAACGGGUAACCAAAUUCAACACAAUCGAUAUGAGAUACUCAACCUUACACUGAAGGAAUAUUUCUGCAUCAUUUGUUAUAGUAGCAUCCCUUUUGUUAUGUUAAAAUUGAAAAUAUCGGUUUUUUUUUAUUUUAAAAAAAGGAAACUCUUUUAAAAUCUUUUUAUUAUCCGUCAGAAGCGGAUGCGUUCCAUAGUGGUCUGUUAGGAAUUAUGUUAAGUGUGAAAGUUGUCUUAUAAAACAUAUGUUCGAAUUAAACUAACAUUAAUCAAAAACACACACACUUCUUCAGCAUUCGGAAGUCAGAAACCCCUGUCGUUUAGAGCCUUAAAAGACAACGCACGUUUUCCGAGCAGUCGCGACAAGUUUUUAAGCAGCUGCUUUUAGUAAAGAAAAAAAAACUAUCAUGGCAUCGCCACUCUACAUCCCCACAGUAUUAUGUUAAAAGUCCCAAGACGUUGUGUUACCACCCGUCUGAAGCGGUCCAUUAAAGCCCCUCCCCCACGAUAGAAUUACAAACUUCUUCUUCUUCAAGCUAGCCCCGCAAAAGAAAGCGGCAAAUGAAUGUAAUAUCAUUGUGAUAAACGAAUUGUGUUCCGCGUCUGGUUUUGCAUACGGCAAAUUGGUGUGCGAGUAAAAGGAUGCGAAUGUGUGUGCGAGAGUAAUUAAUUGCUUAGUGAAAGAGGACAC